AUGCCUCCUAUCAUCCACUGCGUUCGCCAUGCCCAGGGGGUCCACAACCUCUCAACAGCCAACCACGUCAUCCCCGACCCCCUCCUCACGGACCUCGGCCACGAACAGUGCCGCAAGCUGCGCGAGAACUUCCCGCACCACGCCACAGUUGAGCUGGUGACCGCGUCGCCCCUCCGACGCACAAUUUACACCGCGCUCGAAAGCUUCCAGCCCGUGUUCGAAGCGCAUCCAAACAAGAAACUGAUCGCGCUGCCGGACGUCCAGGAGACCUCCGACGUGCCGUGCGAUACGGGCAGUGACCGCGAGACUUUGCGGCGGGAAUUUGCUUCCGCGGGGGUUCCUGUGGAUUUGGAUUUGGUGCAUGAUGGGUGGAAUAAUAAGGCUGGCCGCUACGCGCCGACAAAUCAGGCUAUCAAGGAGCGCGCGCGUGCUGCGCGUCGCUGGCUGAAGGCCAGGCCUGAGAAGGAGAUCAUUGUUGUGACGCAUGGUGGAUUUCUGCACUAUUUCACGGAGGACUGGGAGGAUAGCAGCCACUACCAGGGAACCGGCUGGUCCAACACCGAAUUCCGCAGCUUCCACUUCUCAGAAGAACACCACAAGGACGAUCUAGAGGGCUACGAGCUGGACGGCGACAAUGCCACGCUCGUAGAAACCAUCGAGUCGCGGCAGCGCCGUGGCAAGGACGGAUCGGCCCCCAACCGCGACCAGCAGCGUACCCUGUACAAGAUUGGCACGCAGGGCUGGGAUGAUCAGGGUCUCCAGCUUAGCACAGCGGACCGCGAGGCGGCCAAGGUGCCGGAGGGUAAGGUGAUUGAGGGGGUUCGUGUAUGA